CCCCUCGUUGAGUCUGUACCCUUCAAGACCCCUGUUGACCCCUCAAGACCCUUCCUCAAGCCCUGACCCAUCAAGACCCCCGUUGAUGCCUCAAAACCUCUCAUCAAGCCCGUACCCCUCAAGAUCCUUGUUGACCCCUCAAGACCCCUCUUCAAGCCCAUACCCCUCAAGACUCCUAUUGACCCCUCAAGACCCAUCAUCAAGUCCAUACCCCUCAAGACCCCUGUUGACCCCUCAAGACCCAUCGUCGAGCCCUGACCCCUCAAGAGCCCCGUUGACCUCCCGAAAGGCUCAUGCUCAACACCCCUCUCCGACCCUUUCUUCUGCCCACUCUGAUAGUCCCUCGUUGGACUCCCGAUUGGCCCACGACCACUGCAAGGCUGUGAUGGAUCCUCAUUCCUCUUCUGCUCAAGCUUGCCCCUUGGGACCCUCAGAUGCCCACCACACUGCCUUGGCCUCCUCCUCCGCUCACCCCGGAUUCCCCUCGGGAUCCUUGCAGCAGCACCAGCAGGGACUUCACGGUGACGACCCCACCGUCGACCUCAAGGCCUUCCCGUUCUCGGACUGCUCCCUCUUCCCCGAGGUGCCCCCUCCGCCAGUGCCCACCUUCCCGGACCCCCCAGCGCUGUCUUCCUCUCUGCCUCCUCGCCCGCUCUUCUUCAGGGUGGACCCCUUCACCGACUACGGCUCGGCGCUCACCAUCUCAUUGCCUUCUUCGCUGGAGCCGCACCAGCCUUUCCAGGUCAUCAUACGCUACACCACCAUCGAUGCACCAGCGAUCUGGUGGCUGGAUCCUGAGCUGACGUAUGGGAACUCCAAGCCCUUUGUCUUCACCCAAGGCCAUUCCGUGUGCAACCGCUCCUUCUUCCCCUGCUUUGACACACCGGCGGUCAAGUGCACCUACUCUGCUAUCGUCAAGGCUCCUGCAGGCAUGCAGGUUUUGAUGAGUGCUACCCAAAGUUCCUAUGAAGAACAAGAGGGCAUAUACCAAUUCUACAUGGAAUACCCAAUCCCUGCUUAUCUGGUGGCGCUGGUGGCAGGGGACCUUGUGCCUGCAGACAUUGGUCCUAGGAGCAAAGUGUGGGCAGAGCCGUGCCUCCUUCCAACAGCAAUUGGCAAACUCUCUGGAAGAGUUGAACGCUGGCUCAGUGCAGCAGAAAGCCUCUAUGGCCCUUACAUCUGGGGCAGGUACGACAUCGUUUUCCUUCCCCCCUCGUUCCCAAUGGUCGCCAUGGAGAACCCAUGCCUGACCUUCAUUAUCUCUUCCAUCCUGGAGAGCGAUGAGUUCCUCAUCAUCGAUGUCAUCCAUGAAGUGGCGCACAGCUGGUUUGGCAACGCGGUUACCAACGCCACCUGGGAGGAGAUGUGGCUGAGCGAGGGGCUGGCCACUUACGCUCAGCGCCGGAUCACCACUGAGACAUAUGGUGCUGCUUUUACCUGCCUGGAGACUGCCUUCCGCCUUGAUGCCCUCCACAGACAAAUGAAGCUCCUUGGUGAGGACAACCCUGUUAGCAAGCUUCAGGUUAAGCUGGAGCCAGGUGUGAAUCCUAGCAAUCUGAUGAACCUCUUCACGUAUGAGAAAGGUUACUGCUUUGUUUACUACCUGUCUCAGCUCUGCGGAGACCCAAUGCGCUUUGAUGCCUUCCUCCGAGCCUAUAUCGAGAAGUACAAGUUCACAAGCGUUGUGGCCCAGGACCUCUUGGAUUCCUACCUGGCUUUCUUCCCAGAACUGAAGGAACAAUGCAUUGAGAGCAAAACAGGGCUCGAGUUCGAACGCUGGCUCAAUGCAACGGGCCCUCCUUUAAUUGAGCCAGACUUAUCUCAGGGAUCCAGUCUGACCAGUCCCGUGGAGACCCUCUUCAGCCUCUGGACCACGGAGCCUCUGGAUGCGGUGUCUGUGGCAAACAGCGUCAACAUUACCGAGUGGCAGACGUUCCAGACAGUGCUUUUCCUGGACAGGCUUCUGGAUGGCUCACCGCUGCCUCAUGAGGUGAUAUCAAAGCUCUCCGAAUGCUAUUCGGCCCACCUGGACAGCAUGAACGCAGAGAUUCGCAUCCGCUGGCUGCAGAUCAUUGUCCGCAACGACUACUACCCUGACCUUCACAAAGUCCGGCGCUUCUUGGAAAACCAGAUGUCCCGGAUGUACACGAUCCCAUUGUACGAGGACCUCUGCACUGGCACCUUGAAGUCCUUUGCCUUAGAAGUUUUCUAUCAGACCCAGAACCAGCUGCACCCCAACUUGCGGAAAACCAUCCAGCAGAUCUUGACGCAGGGCUUGAACCCGCUCCUUGCCAUGGACACGACGGCGGUUACCACAGAGGCCCUGGCGGUUGGGUACGAGGACAGGUCCCCGGAAGCCGUCCACAGUGCCAUUUCUCUCAGGGAUGUAAACGUGUCUGCUUAGCGCACCAGCUUGUGCCGGGCAUUUGAAGCUGGAGGGCGGGCAGCCAAUGCAGGCAGGAAGGAAGGAGGCCAUAUGAAGAAAGCACUGCUCCCCCUUCGUGCCAUCGCUGCCGUGGUCGGGAGGACCGGAUUCCACGAUCUCCGCUCCCGCCUCCAGCCCACCACAAAUGUGCCUUCAGGUGCCUGACAUAUUGGCACAGCUAGAUAUCAGGGACAUACCUCCUUUUAGCUGCAAGCAGGAGCUGUUUUGGGAUGGAUCUUCUGACUUGAUGCAUCAUGAAUGUGAAUUCCAGGGUGUCCAUUGCAAGCAGGAAAAAUAACAAUAACGGUUUUGUUUCAGGCAUCAUCUGGCAGGUGGCUUGACCUCCAGGAUGAGAGAGAUAGAGAAAGUCGCCUCCGGGUGCGUGUUGUUGAGGUAGUAAGGUGAAGAGAUGAUCAGGAUCAUGGACAUUUGAAAGUGAGGCAGGGAUUCACAAAGAAGAAGGUCUUUUUUAAAAAAAAAAAAUGAACGAAAAUGAUAGUGGGGAGAACCUGUUCCCCUUUGUGCUCUUUACUGUGCGAUUCAGGAAUUGGAAGAUCUGGAGGAAUCAAGUUUUAGGUGUCAAAGUUUGGGAGACUUGGGCAGGGAUCCAACAGCCUCCUG